CGGAUGUUUAUCCUUGCCUUUAUUUUAAAAACAAGGACAUUAAACGUAGCUGGUGAAAAGUUUAAACUAAUUUUCGUCUUUGUUCACCCUAGAUAUCUGCUGUUUUGAAAAUGACCAGUGAAUCACCUGCAUGUGACAUCUGCGAUUCAAGGCAUAUAACUAAACCAUCAACAUCAUGGUGUUUUCAAUGUAACGAGGGGCUGUGUGAGGAAUGUAAAGAACACCAUACCCUGAACAAAGCAUCGAAAAGUCAUUGUAUUAUUCCUGUAAGCGAAUUUCAAAAGUUACCUGUAAGUGUCCUUCAACUUGCAGAAUCCUGCAAAUUACAUAGUGAAAGAUAUCAAGUUUAUUGUCAUAAACACGAAUCUUCAUGUUGUACAAAAUGUCUCAUUGAAGAUCAUAAGAACUGCAAAGAUCUCACAGAUAUAAACGAUGUUGUUCGCAACAUCAAGUCGUCAAACAUGCUGUUAGAAAUUGAAACGUCGAUGCGGGAAGUUGCUGAAAAUUUACAAAAGAUUCAAAAAAAUCGGGAAGGAAAUUUAUCAUCUCUCAAACAAAACAGACAGAUGAUUGAAAAGGAAAUUCAGACAGCUAGGCAAACAAUAAAUGAACAUUUCAAUAGUCUUGAAAGAGAAUUAUUGAAAGAACUUCAAACAAUUGAAAAUGACGAACGAAAAAAACUAAGCAAAAUGUUGGCUUCUGUAGAGCGGAAAGCAAAGAAGAUAGAUGAACUUCAAAUAAGCCUUGCAAUUAUAAAGCAGCAUGCAUCAGACUUACAAACUUUUCUUGUCAGUAAACAUAUUGAAAAUGAAUUGAUGGAAACCGAAAGCCAAGUACAGUCCAUGCAAGAAAAUAAUGAACUAUCACAUGUCAACAUAUCUUUACAAAAGGACGAUUUGAUUAAAACAUUAAACGAAAAUAUUAGUAGAUUUGGUCGAAUCGUUGUUCAGACCAGUCAGAGUGAAAUGUCAUUAAAGAGACAGAAAAUCGAACAAGCACAGGCCAAAGUUGCUGCUGUGAUCGCGGGCAGCCCUGAACAUCAGUAUGAUACAAUAAAAACUGAGGAAGAUCCCUGCUUCAUUGUCACGGUGAGACAAAGUGAAGCUGUCCGGAAAUUUGGAUUAAAUGGACGAUAUAGACUGCGUCUUACAUCGAGUUGUUUCAUAUUAGAAGACAUUGAGAAAAUAACAUCAAAAUGUUGUUGGCCAUAUGGCAUCGUACGGAGUUUAGGACCGACGGGAAUCAAAAAAGAAUUAACAAUCACUGUAGGGAGAAGGAAUGUUUUAGGUGAAGGAACAGUCGGUUUUAUGUGCAGUUCAGGAACCGACCCAGAUAAAAUUAUUCGUCUUUUUAAAAUCAUUAUAGAAAGAAUUCAAUCAGAUCUGAAACAUUGA